UGUUUAAGUAGGUGCAAAACUAAUCCAGUAAAGCAGCAGAAAUCCCUUUGUUUGUUACAUAUUUUUCUGGCGAUAUUCAAAAUCAAUACUUUAACCCCAGCUUUAAAUAGAAAAGCAAUUUUCCUGUUGUUUGGACUACCUGAUGUUCAGACGUCUGCUGUUGCCAUAGCUCCCAGGAAGAAGCUGGAACUUGCUGGUAGAUCCACGGCUGAGCUGGAAACAACCACUUCACCCCUCCCUGUAAACAACCAUCCCACAUCUCCCUGUGGACGAUGCUGCAGGGCUGAGGAUGAUGUGAGGCAGAAAGUGCACCUGAAUACCUUUGGCUUCUUCAAGGAUGGUUUCAUGAGAGUGAAUGUCAGUAACCUUUCCCUGAAGCCAGCACCGAGCCCUGCUGACAUGGACACUUUAUCAGUGGGAUUCAGCUUGGAUCGAACAAAGAAUGAUGGUUUCUCCACUUACCUGGAUGAAGAAGUGGAUUAUUGUAUCUUGAAGAAAACUCCAGAGCCAGAUGUCUCUGUUGUAAUCCUACUUCUGGAAAUCCAAAAUAAAGUUAUGAAAGUACGGUUCUCUUCAGAAGCUGCUUCUUUGUUACCUAAAAUUUUAUUUGUAUCUGAGGAAAAUGGUACUGCCUUAAAUACCAAGCUGCUAAAAACUUCUGAACUGAGCAGUGAUUCUGGUCAAAAUCCUCCAAAGCCCAAUGAAAAUGCAGGUGGCAAAGAUGAGAAGUCCAAACGAAGUACAACAUCCUCCCAGAGCAUGGUAGAACAAGAACAUCCUGUACGCAGUGAGGAAGGAACUUUUUCAUUUCAGUUCUUUUUUAACAUCAGCUCGGAUAAACAAGAAGGUCUCUACAGCCUGUAUUUCCAUAAGUGUGUUGCCAAGAAAGGGUCAGCUAACGAUCAGCUGCUGUUUAGUCUUGAUAUAGAUAUUACGGAAAAGAAUCCUGAAAGCUACCUCUCAGCAGGUGAAAUCCCACUGCCAAAACUUUACAUUUCCAUGGCUCUCUUCUUUUUCCUGUCUGGGACUGUAUGGAUCCACAUACUUCGUAAACGCAGAAAUGAUGUCUUUAAGAUCCACUGGCUCAUGGCAGCCCUUCCUUUCACCAAAUCAUUGUCCUUAGUCUUCCACGCGAUCGACUAUCACUACAUCUCUUCUCAGGGAUUCCCCAUCGAGGGUUGGGCUGUUGUUUAUUACAUCACUCACCUACUGAAGGGAGCUCUUCUGUUCAUCACUAUUGCCCUCAUUGGCACAGGCUGGGCUUUCAUUAAACACAUCCUGUCAGAUAAAGACAAAAAAAUUUUCAUGAUUGUCAUCCCACUUCAGGUACUGGCAAACGUGGCCUACAUUAUCAUAGAGUCAACAGAGGAGGGGACAACUGAGUAUGGGCUGUGGAAAGAAAUCCUGUUCCUGGUGGACUUGCUGUGCUGUGGAGCCAUCCUGUUCCCAGUGGUAUGGUCAAUAAGACAUUUGCAAGAGGCUUCAGCAACAGAUGGGAAAGAGUCCAGACACAGGUGGAUUGGCUUGGCCGUCAGGCUCAAACAAUCCUCACCAGAAUCCAAUCAAGCAAUCACACCAGCUGCCAUUAACCUAGCAAAGCUGAAGCUCUUCAGACAUUACUAUGUCAUGAUUGUGUGUUACAUUUACUUCACACGGAUCAUUGCCAUUCUCAUAAAGAUUGCUGUUCCAUUCCAGUGGAAAUGGCUGUACCAGCUGCUGGAUGAAAUGGCCACACUGGUGUUCUUUGUCCUCACUGGGUACAAGUUCCGUCCAGCAUCAGACAACCCUUACCUACAGCUCUCUCAAGAUGAUGAGGAUGACCUGGAGAUGGAAGCUGUGGUGACGACUUCAGGAGUAAUGGAGGGCAUGAAGAAAGUCAAGAAAGUGGUGAAUGGUUCAGCAGAGCCUCAGGGCGAAUGGGAAAGCACAGCAUGAUGGACUGGACUAAGGCAGCACUUUCAGAGAAACUUUUUUAAUUUAUUAAUAUUACUCUCAGUGGAAAGGGAGCAACUUGCACUCCCCACCACUGAAACCGCAGAGUGGGGUGUGUCUAGGGAGAGCAAAGCAGUGCAGAAAUGUAACUAUUCCUUUGAUCAUAAGAAAAUGGGAUCUCCUGGUACCUGCAAGGAGCGUGAAGCUUUCCUGGGGAUUUUGGGUAGCUUUUUUUCCCCCUUUCUGGAUCGGUUCUUUAUUCUGAAUUGUUGCGUUCCUCAGAAUGUGUUAUACUAAUGUGAAGAGGGAUCUUCAGUGUGUAUGUAAAGAAUAUAUUUUAUAUAAUGCUCAUAUAUAUACACACACACACUUGCUUUGUAACAUGAAUGCUGGGACUUGCAAAGCCUGUCAGAAGGUGGGAAAAGAAGAUAAAGACAUGUAAGUAUUUUUUUUCUUUUUAUAAACUCUCCUUUUGGCUUGGAUGGAACAUUGCAAAACAAAUGGAUAGGAACAACUGCAGUUAUUUGAGAGACUGAACGGGUAUUGGAUCAGAUGAUUUCUGCCACUGCUCAUGCAAGUGUGAAAGGUGAUAAGUAUCUUGUCUUAUCCCUGCAGGUGUCCACCUGAACGUGUCAAGUUUUCAGAUGUGUUGCUAUACAGCAAAUGAGUGGCUAUUCUCCAUUAAAGCACUAAGCCCAUAGUGCAAUAAGCAUUUAUGUACAUUCUCCACUGUCCAUGGAGUCGCUCUUGAUUCACCCCCAUCUGACAAGAAGUACACAAGAGAUGUAAGACUGAUGCUUGCUUUUCAGGGGUCUGCCUAAAUGGUUUACUUUCAAGCUGUGACCCAGAGCACAUUGGUUUGCUUCAUAAAAUAUUUUCAAGGUAUUUCAAAAGUCACUCCUUUCUGGCACAGUAUAAACAGUACCAGACUCUCCAGUGGAAAUCUGUCUAGCCAUUUUACUGCAGCAUAAAUCUCUGGUUCACAGUUACCCUGAGUUACUGGGCCUCUCUGGAUGGCUACUUGUACCUCUCUGGCUGUGUAGGAUUAAUAACUCUGCUGUUUGAGAUGAGCUGAACUGGCCAAAGUGGUAUUGCUACCAAAAACAGGCAACUGUAACUCCCAGUCCUAAAUGGUUUUUUGUCAGGAGAGGAGAAGAUUAUGACCAGAACCUUGAUGCAGAGUAAUAUGGGAUCCUUGACUGUCAGCUGCAGACUUGCAGUGGAGUCUUAACAGACACAUUCCAAAAAUGCUGCAUGUGUUUUCUCUGUAGUCCCUGGGGUUGUCAGUAGGGCAGUUGGUGGCCAGAGCUGUAGUAGUGAAAAUGGGUGCUCAUUUUGGGGGAGGAUGGAAGUGGCUCACUGGUGGAAUGAGGAUUAGCUUUAACAAAAAUAAAUCAACCGUAAGUCACUGACCCACUGAAGCCUUAAUAUUCAUGCAGACACACUGACAUGUGGUGCUGUGGAGCCAAGUGCUUCUGCCAGGGUGUCAGGGAGAGGCAUCAGCAGAGCUCUGGAUGUGCCAGCAUCACUUACAGACUCGUUCAGGAAUUGGUUUUAUUUUAGUCUUCAAGCUGAGAAGGACGAUUUCCAGAAUCUUGAGCCACUUCCUCAUUCCUGAGCAGGGAUUGUGGAGCUCUUGGUGAGCUGUCUGUACCAAGCCUUGCUGUUUGAGGAGCAGCAUCCCUUUUCCCCAUUGCCACUUCUUUUCCCAGGUGUUGGUUCUAUGCACCAUGGAGGUGGUAGAAACAAAUCUACCUGCUUUGAUACCUGGAACUGCUUUCUCUUCAGAUAAAGCACAAGAAGAAGAGCAUUUGUCUCUGGCCACAGAAUCCUCUUCUGUUUUCCUCUUCAGCUGUAACUUCACAGUAAUCACAGCAGUGAUGGUUUGACUUUGCUAUAAUUGCCUUGCAGUGAGACAGUUUUAGUGAGAAGAGAUCCUAUACCACUAGAGAGGCUGUCUGGUGACCUAUGGGCCUUUAGGCCUUCUGGAGGAAGAAAGCUACAUAUUUAGCCUGAAGUGUGAGAAACUUACAUUUAAAUGCAAUACCUGGAAAAACUCAUCCUCUGCAGUUACUCUAUCUGUGAUUCCCUGCAUCCAAAGGGCUGCUCAAACAGGCUGUAAAGUUUGUAAAGUUUGUUCAGAGAAGCCCACUGAAGACUUGAAGUGUGUUGGCACUGAGGUAUGUAAGGGAUAAGGAUGUGCUGUCAGGAACAAAGUACAUCUGGGCAAUGCUAUUCUGGAGCCUGUUAAUCCUUUUGUGAAUGAGAUGUGAAGUUGUCAUAGGUGUGGCAUUUCACCCAGAACCACGAAGGCUGUGCUGUGAUCCCAGGGAACACUGAGCUGGUUCCAAACAGCUGCCUAUUCCAUACCUGAGCAUCAGUGGAGCUGACAAUUUGGCAAGUGCUGUUACCUUAAUCUCAGGUUUUGUUUGUUUUUUUUUUUUUUUAAUAAUGCACCUUUUUUGCUAAAGUUGCAUAUGGUGUAGGUUUAGCUGCCAAGUCCCUGGCUCACCAGUCAAAGACCAAAAAAAUGGGUCAUUUCUUUUUGUCUUGGCAGGAAAAGCCACAGCAGUAUUCUGGAAGUCCUUUUGUUACAAGAGCUUUUUCCAAGUUCAACCCUGAGCUUCAGCUGUCAGCUCCACAACCAGCUUUUGCUGGUGCUUUCUACGGGAUGCCAAGCAGCAGGAAAUGGUCAGACCUGAGCACUAGGAAGUAAAAUCAAAGUCAUGGACAAGUCAAAACCCAAAAGAUUCUUAUUGUGGCCAUUUCCAAAAUGAAUUUUCUCUGGUGCAAUUCCUUGGAUCAGGACAUAAAGUCUGUCUUGAUGGAUAUGAUGGAUGGGAUAGCAGCUGGGAAGUUGGAGGGUGGAGGGGAUAGCUGCAGUUGUGCUUUUCUCCAUCACAGCUGGUGUUGCACUGCAAAUCGUCAAAGACAGGACUACUCCCUCCCCUCCUCCCCAGGCAAACCCACAGCUGCAUGACUGGCACUGGUAACUCCAGGGCUUGGAGCUCUCCAGGCAGGAUAAUCAGUGCUUGCCUUUCACAUGCUGAUGGCUGCUUAUCUGGUAGGAAGCUCUGCCUCUCACAGGGAGGGAAGGAGAGGAGCUGUUGUGGAUUACAGAUCGUUUAGGGAUGUGCAGCUUUAGUUCCCUGCUUUUACUGAAGUGAGGAGCUGAAGCAAUCGCCAGCAGUACCCAGCAGCAGAGUGACAGGAGUCCUGGAACAGCAGGUCUGCUGCAAUGGGAAUAAAUGGUUUGAAUGCUUUCCCAUAUGCUGCUGCAGCUGAGCACUCAGUCCCGUCUGCAGACAAAAAUGAGAUUGGUUCAGUCUUCACUUGUAAUGCAGGUUAUGCCCCAGUAAAUCCCUGUGGAUGCUGACAUGCACAUGCCACUGCUGCACUCCUCCUUCCUGCUGUAGCUGCUCAGCAGGCUGUCUUCCAGAGGAAGCCUCCUUGCAGUGCAGCUGCCAGACUCUUGCAUUCUUCAGGCUGGAAAAUGCUUUCCUUGAUGGUUCAUCAAGAGACAUACUAAAAGAAAGCAAGACAUAAUGGGGUCAUGUGGAACAGUGCUGCUGCCUGCUCGAGUGGAGCAGUUGGAGUUGAAGAAGCUACAUGCUGUCCUAUUAAGAUGCUCUUUCAUGUUGUCGUCUAACUGGGCGUGCUGUGAUGUGUGCAGUGCAUUGUUCAGUGUUUCUCUCCAGCUCAGUGCCCUGAUCCUGGAUUUCCAUGCUGGCAUGCCCUGGGAGAGCAUGUGGUAAAAAUUUGCUGCAUUGCAGCAUUUUGUCUGGAGCUCGUAGUGUGGAAGAUGUAUUUUUUCUAAGCUGAGUGGACUCUCUCUGGCGUGAGUGUGCAUCCACCAUGUGUCCUUGGGCACUGUAGCAUUGCUUCUGGCCGUGAAAAGCCAUGUCCUGAUCACUCCAGUGUGCACAUCUGGUGCAAGUCCUCUAGAAGAUUUUUUGUGUUAAGUCUUUUUCCUUACUGUGUGUUCCUCUUAGAGAAAAGCAGCUGAGCCACUGACAAUCAAAUUGAUGAGAAGGGAGGGGAUUUUGUUGUUUAGUUGAAAACUGCCCAAUUUGAAGCAAAUACUGGGUAUUGAGCUCUGAGAACUGGAGUUCUCUAGCUACUAAGGAGAGGGAAGGAAAUCUUUCUUCCUUUAACCUACUUGGUUUGUCUCCUUCAAUUUGGCCUGUCAUGCUAGCUAACAGAUUGCUGUCACUUUACAGAAGAUGUUUUAUAGCUCCUGUGUUAUGGUCUCUGCUUCACUCAUGGAGCAUGUCCCCAUUUUUCACCUGUGUACAAAAGUGAGGAGCUGUGGUCUCCAGGAGUGGGAGGUGCAGUGAGGUUUGAACAUAGUGGGACUCACACUGAAGCUGUGACCUUGUGUGUAGUGUCAGUAGCCUCAGUGUUUUCAUGCAAGCUGAGGUGGUGCUGCCCAGAGACACUUGACCAAUGUUUCCUUGUGUUCCCUGGGGCUGAUACGCUGUAAAACGUUCUAAAUUGAAUUAAUUUGGCUUUUUUUUUUUUUUUUGUAGCUGCUGGAUACAAUAUUUUUGGGCUGAUUAAUCAAUUUUCCUUAGCAAUGUUGGGAAGCUGUGCAUUUUCUCUUUGUAGUGUCUUGGCUGGAUGUAGCAGUGAUCCAGUGAGAACUGCACAUGAUCUGUGCUCUCAAGUGGCUGGAACAGGAUGUAGGAAAAUACCAAUGCUCAGGUGUUGAGUGGUGGAGGAAGAAAGUGGCUGAGAAGCUCAAGAACCCAUUUAUGUUUUGACUGCAGCAAUCCUCUAAAAAGGACAAUUCUGAAUAAAUAUUUCCCUGUGGGAUUUUACUCAGUGUUCUGCUCUCUGUGUACUAAACUAGACUCCAACCUCAACAUCAUCAGAAGCACUUCAUCCUGUAGCCAGUGGAGCUGGUACCUGCUCUGUUAAAACAGAGUAUGGGUCUAAAUAGCUUCCCUUGCCCUUUAGGAACUAUUAAUAAUUAAUUCUAGAUCCUCUUGUGUCAUUAAGCAGCUUUAGGGCACCUUGUACAAUGUAGCUUUGAAUUCAUUUAGUAAAUGACCUCCAGAAGAACUAAAAAAGACUUUUCUGUGUACAGCAAGUUUCAGUUCUUGGGGUUUUGGUGACCUGUAAAUAUCCUAUUUCUCAGUUCCUGUUCAGAUGUAAAAAUGGAUUUUUUUUCAGUAUUUUUUUAAACUUUAUUAAAAGAACAGUAAACAGUAUUUGAAGAGAAGCAAGGUAGAGACAAGUCAGGACAGUCUGUGUAACUUGGUUUCCCUGCUGUGAUGCAAAUGUAUCAAAUAAAGAUUGACCAGAAAGAA